AUGAAGCGUAAAUCAAAAAUCCAUUUAUCUGAUUUUACAAAAGGAGUAAUAAUUGGACAUUACUCUUCAGGAAAAACAAUUGAAGAAAUAUCUAAAAUACUGAAAAUUCUCAGAUCGACCGUGGGAUUUGUGACAAGAAAAUUUUCCAAAGAAAGCACCACAACGCGAAAAAUUGGAUCUAAACGUUUACCGAAAUUCUCUUCAGAUCAAAAAAACACAAUACAAUUAAUCUCAAGAGAUGAACCCUCAAUUUCUGCUGCGUCUCUUUCUGAGAUAACAAAAACUCAAUUUAAUGUGGAGGUAUUUUCCAGAACAAUUGGUCGUAUACUAAAUUCAUUUGUAUUACAUGCCCGAGUUGCAAAACUCAAACCUCUUUUAACAUCAAAAAACAUCGAAUCCAGAUGGUUAAUUGCAAAAAAGUUUUUAGCCAUAUCUGACGAAGAAUGGAAGAAAGUCAUGUUCUUCAAUGAGUCAUGUUUUGAGGUCUAUAUCAGCAAAAUAAGGAUCUAUAACAGCAAAAAAACGGUACUGUCUAUGAAAAGUCCAAUAUCGUAUCUACUGUUGAGUAUGGUGGAGGAAAGUUAA